AUGAGCAACUCAAAGCAAAGGGAUCAUCCACUUAGCACAGAAGCUUCAAAUUCUUCUUUUACACCAUCACUGUCUACGAAUACUCUUUUAAAUAUUCGGGAAUUGGCUGAAAUGGCUGUUUAUGCUUCACUGGUUGGAGGUUUAUUUGGAGGAAUAAGAGGAUUUUUACAAAUUAGAAAAGCUCACAUUCCUACCUCUACACUGGAAAAGAUGAGAACGAAUAUGUUUUAUCGACUGCAACAACAUCAAGAAUUUACACGUGCAGAAAAGGAAAAUGAAUUCAAUCCUAACAAGAACCAAAAAUCGGAAAAACAAUAUGACCCAAAGACUGCUCGUGUGGAUAGAAAACAUAUUAUUUUAGGAUUUAUAUUUCAUCAAUUGAUAAGAAAUGCAACAAAUGCUGGAGUUUUUGCUUUUACAUUUUCUUUGGCAGAUUUGACUUUGAGAAAUUUCAACAUAUUUAACCCAGUGAGAUAUGUGAACGAUGAUGAAAAAUCAAAAACCUCUCCACACGGAAUUUUGGAAAUUAUUCAUGAUUAUUCAGAGAAAUUUUACAACAUAACAUUAACAGAUGAACAGAAAGAGUCUAUUGAAAAGUCUGAGAUUAUCAAGCAAAGACUAAAUCAGCUGAAUUUGUUACACAAGCCAUUGGCAGGAGCAUUAGCCGGAGGCGUUUUCGGAUUGUUAGCCUCAGUUCCUAAUUUAUUAAUGGGCAUUGGAACAAUGUCAUCGGCAAUUUCUAUAUCUACAUCGUCAUUAGCUUAUGGGUUACUUUUUGGAGCGGUAUCAGCAGUCUUUCUCUUACCUCUUCAAAGCUUUUACAUUGUUGAGCGAUUGAACAGGUAUAGUACAGUCGACAAAAAACAACCAGAACCACAAGAGGUGAGAUCUAGAGAGACAGUACAAGAAGUAAACAAUGUCACAGAUCCAGAACAAACAAAGAUGAUGCAACAAUUUGUUCAAAACGAACAACACUUCUUGGGCCAAUUAGAGAAAAUUUCAGAACAUAUUGGAAAGUUAGAGCCUCUCGAUGAGGAAGCAACAUUACAUAAACAAAGGGAAGACCAGAAAUAA